UGCCAAGAUGGCUGCAAGUAAUUAUUAUGGGUUCACACAUGGUGCCGGUCCGCAGUACAGCACGCAGCCUCCCAAUGCAUAUUCACACCCCACCUCAGCCAGUUACAGCGUGCAGCCAGCAGCUGGUGUGGCCCACGCUGUGACUGCCUCCUAUGCCCCGGCCCCCAGCCCCCAGGCGGCCCGGCCCGUGGCGGCGGCCCCCUAUCCUGGGUACCAGACCCAGCCGGCUCCAGAGUACGUCUACCGCCAGCAGGACCCGACGCCUCAGCCCACCACUGUCCCACAGACGUACCAAGUCUUCACUGAGGCGGAUAACUACACCUAUGGCCGCGCUGCAUCCGUUGGCAGUUAUGAAAACAAACAGUACUACCAGACCACCAUUGCUCCUGCUCAGCGGACCUCAACCGACACUUAUUUCCAGCCUGCGCUGAAGAGCGUCUACAGUCCGGUCAGCACAGGCUACACCCAGCCGCCACCUCAGAGACAGGUGACCGCCUUAAAACCGCUGACCCCGGCCAACUCCGUGUCCUCCAACUACUGCCUGUACCCUGUGUCUACCAGUGUACAGCAGGCCCCCACCCCCAUCUCCACCUACACUCCCAGCUCUUCCUACAGCGUCAAUACCACUGCUGCUACGUCUUACUCGGGCAUAAGCUACUCCAGUUAUGAAUCGACUGGCUACACCUCCACCCCCUCCUACUACCAGCCCGCCCAGAUGCCCCCCCCCCAGUCCCAGCCGCCCCCCCAGCAGCCGCCGCCCCCACCACAGCAGCCCCCUCCCAAGCAGCUGACCAGCUCCUCCUGGAGCAACGCGGGCAGCAACAUGGUCACGGCGCCGGCCGUCAACUCCUACAAGAAGCCCGUGUUCCACCAGGGCAAGCUGCAGAAGCCCAAAGGUCCGCCCAAGCAGCCCCAGCUGCACUACUGUGAUAUCUGCAAGAUCAGCUGCGCAGGACCACAGACGUACCGCGAGCACUUAGAAGGUCAGAAGCACAAGAAGAAGGAGGCGACGCUGAAGUCAGGCAGUCAGCCCAUCAACGGGCCCCGCGGUGCCCAGACUCAGCUGCGCUGUGAGCUGUGUGACGUCUCCUGCACCGGAGCGGACGCCUACGCUGCGCACAUACGGGGGGCCAAGCACCAGAAGGUAGUGAAGUUGCACACAAAGCUUGGCAAGCCCAUUCCCUCUACUGAGCCGGUACUGGUGAACUCUGCCCCCGUUACCACUACAGUGACCGCAGGGAAGCCUACAGCUCCCAGCGUCACCUCCUCUGCUGCUGCUGUUGUUACUGCUGCUGCUGCCGCUGCUGCCACACCCCCGAAAGCUACUGUACUGAACACCACCAAAGCCUCAACACCUGCGAAAAAACCUGUCCCACCCAAAGCACCUAUUGUUGCUCAUAAACCCACCCCGCCAAUCCCAGCCAAGCUGGACGAGGCCAAGCAGACGCCGGUCAAAUCAGACGAGCAUCUGAACAGUGACGAUGACGAAGGGGACAGUGUGGGUGGCCAAGGGGACAUCCAGCCUGUCGGCCAUGACUACGUGGAAGAGGUUCACAAUGAGGAUGGGAAGGUCAUCCGUUUCCACUGCAAGCUCUGCGAAUGCAGUUUUAAUGAUCCCAAUGCUAAAGAGAUGCAUCUGAAGGGACGGAGGCACCGUCUGCAAUAUAAGAAAAAAGUGAACCCGGAGCUGCCGGUGGAGAUCAAGCCGAGUAACCGGGCACGGAAGCUGCAGGAGGGCAAGCUGAGGAAACAGAAACAGAAGGCCGUGCUGAAGAGACAGCAGGAGGAUGAGCAGCGCUGGCACAUGGAGAUGAGGUCCGACAUGGGCUGGCGCUACGAAGAGGAGCUGUACUGGAGGAGGCUGGAGGAGGAGCAGAUGUACUGGGGGGAGCAGCGGCGUAGGAUGGCGCCUCCCCCACUCAUGAGUCGGCCCGGCAUGCCUGUCCCGCCUCUUCUGCCUGUCCGCCGGCCUGUGUCCCCAGAUGACCGCCACAUCAUGGCCAAACACUCCACCAUCUACCCGGUGGAAGAUGAGCUCCAGGCCGUGCAGAGGAUCGUCUCGCACUCCGAGAGGGCCCUCAAGCUGGUCUCGGACUCCCUGCUGGAGAAGGAGGCCUGUGGGGACGCACAAGAUGCUGAGCAGGAGAAAACAGUGGACCCCCAGGCCCGGAUGCUAAAGGGGGUGAUGCGUGUGGGUAUCCUAGCCAAGGGCCUGCUGCUUCACGGUGACAGGAACGUCCAGCUCAUUCUCCUGGCCGCCAAGAAACCCACCUGCUCGCUGCUGAAGAUGGUCGCUGAGCAGUUACCCAGUCAGUUAGCGACAUUUUCUGAAGAUCAGUAUGAGGUGCAGGCUCACCCAGACGAAGCCAACAUCGUGAUUUUUGCGAGCAAGGAACCAAAAAUGCAGGUCACCAUCUCUCUUACGUCGCCAGUGAUGAGGGAAGAACCUGCCCCUGCCCCCGACAAGGAGGAAGAGGCAGGAGCCAAGGCGGCCGAGAAAGUUGUGACAGAAAAAGACCCGCCAGACGUUCUCAGCAAGAAAAGGUGUUUAGAGUACCUGGCUGCUUUGCGCCAUGCCAAAUGGUUUCAGGCUCGAGCCAAUGGCCUGCAAUCCUGCGUGAUUAUCAUCAGGGUGUUGCGAGACCUCUGUCAGCGAGUACCAACCUGGGCAAAGAUGCCAAGCUGGGCUAUGGAGCUGCUGGUGGAGAAGGCCAUCAGUAGUGCCUCAAGUCCUCUGAGUCCUGGAGAGGCCAUGCGCAGGGUUCUAGAAUGCCUUGCCACUGGAAUCCUCUUGCCAGAUGGCCCUGGCCUGCUGGACCCUUGUGAGAAAGACCAGACUGAUGCUCUGGAUGGUAUGAGCAAGCAAGCCAGAGAGGACAUAACUGCUAGCGCACAGCAUGCAUUGCGACUACUCGCAUUCCGCCAGAUUCACAAAGUCCUCGGCAUGGAUUCCCUGCCGGCAUCGAAGACCGGUGCCCGGAACCGCAAGAGGCGACGGGAUGGCAGCGAAGUUGGGGAGGGAGAAGGGGAAGGCAAAAAAGACAAAAAGGAAGAUUUAGAAGAUGCUUGAAAAUGAUACGAGGCUAAGUGCAAUUCACUGACUGGCAUCAGCAUGGUUUAUGCUUUCUUUUCCAUAUAUUCUACACAGACACCUUAAAUGACUAGAGUGAUGACUGGCCCGCGAUUAGGGCUGAGGAGGCAGGAGAAACCACUGCUGUUUCUCCUACUUAAGGUACUGUAAGAUUGACUUUGGUUACACUCAAAUCUGAUUUACUGUCACUUAAAUGAGAAGGAUAUCAUAGCAUCAUUCCGUGUCCAGGACCGGUGACAGUUUAGCUGCUGAAGAUCUCAAUGAGUAAUCUGAAUUGACUACUUUUAUUAUUCUUAUAUUACUGACUGUACAUUUAGAUUUAGCCAUUUUCAAACAUCUUGUCCUGUAUACGCAUUAAGCCCACCAAAACAGGCCAGUUCAAGGCUUUUUAACCUACUAAAACUACACUCAUUCAAAGGCCUUGAAAAGAGAUGAGUUUGCAAGGAACUUGAACAAGUUAAGGGGAAGCCAGAUGACAAUAAAUAAAAAAUAAAAAAAAGACCAAUUUCAGAUAAAUUAAUAAACAUUAAUAUGUGAUAGAACUUGUAGCCUAAGUAUGCCUAAGUGGUAUUCCAAAAGGAAAAUAUAAACUGUAUAAAACUAUCAAAAGCACCUUUCCACAUAGUGGGAAGAUGUUCUUUAUGUGUGAUUGUUUGUAAAACAGACACAUGAAUAGUAAGGUCAUACCUUGUGAAAAAAAGAAUGUACACCAAAAAAACUCGAUACAUUUUUAAGCAAAAUCAUAGGAUUAAUAGUGCUGAAGCAAUUACGAUUGUCUCAGUAUUGGGACUUGAGUAUAUUUAGAUUUGUUAAGUUGCACAAUUGAGAACCAAGCAUGCUGCAAAUAAGGCACUUUCAGAGGGGCACUUGUGACUUGAGGUAAUGAGCGUAUGCUGUCAGGUUUGCUGGUUAAAGCCUUCUAUUUUAGUGUGGGCUUUAUAAAAGAGAAUGGCAUGCAUGAACAAGAUGGAGAGUUGGAGUUUUCUUUCUUUUGCCUGAUGUAUGAAGGGUGUGUGUGGUCAGUGUGAGUUUUCAUACUUUUUUUAGUGUGAAGACUCUGGAAAGUGAAUAUUUUAGUAAAUAAACUUGACAUGUACCAUGCAAUAUGGGUGGCUCCAGUCCCUAAAAUGGUGUGAUGACAAACAUUAACAAUUUCCUCUAUGGAACAGUGCACUUACGCAUUUUAUUGUCUGUGUGAGGUGUGUGUUUUCACUGUAAUAUUCUUAAUUUACUUUGUCCGUCUUAUUAAAUUUUAUUAUUUUAACCCAUUUUAUUUCCCUUUUUUAGUACUGGUAUACUGUGUUACAAUCAUCUGUUUUACAGAUAUUGUUUAAAGACUGUGUGAACGUAUGUAAUUUCAAAGUCUUUGUAGUGUUGCCUAACCAUUACAAUAUUAAAAAGAUGUACGAAAC